CUGCGGGUGGGUGGGAGGUGAGUGUCCCUGCGUGUCACACGGAGCCUCGCCCACUUUACCGACCUCCCCUUUCAUGCAGAGUCUCGGUCUCCGCCUCCAGCCCGCAGCCCGAGACCGACGUGGCAGCCUCGCCGAUGCUUACCCCCGCUGCCACCAUGCUUGCCGUCGCCCUUCUGGGGCUCUUCCAGGCGGCGUCCUGCUACAAGCUCGACUUCGAGAAGCUGCCGGGACUGGCUCGGGGCAGAGUGGAGACCUGCGGAGGAUGACAGCUGAGUGUCCUCCCGGAGGUGAAAGCUUUCGUUAAUGAAGACUUGCCUCUUUAUCACAAUCUGGUGUUGAAGUAUAUCCCAGGAGCGAACCCCGUGCUCCUUCUGUUCAACCGCAACCUCGAAGAACUAGAUCGAAUAAACUUGAUGCCCAUGACCAGGAGCGAGAUCAAUGAACUACUGCAGAAACUGGGCUUUUACAAGAAGGAGAGUGCCAAUGCCCCAGUGCCCCCUGAAUUUCUCCACGCACCAAUGGCAGGCAGACCUGACAGCCAGCCUGCAGCCAAACCUGUUCAAGAAGUUAUGACUGAGAAACAGGAUGAGCUUGACGAGAUGAAGCAAGAUUUGUAACUGAUGGUUGAAAUGUUAUUGCCUUGUCUGGUAAUCAGAGGGCAAGAACAGGUGGAUUGUAAAUGGUGCUUGUUUUGAGUGGAGGCUUUGGUUCCCAUUACUAACUAUCUACCUGCUGUCAACACACACAAAAGGCUGGAGGAAUUCAACAGGUCAGUCAGUAGCAUCUAUGUCGGGGGUUCCCAACCAUUUCGGUGCCAUGGACCGAUCUAAGGGGUCUGUGGAUCCCAGGCUAGGAAUCCCCUGAUCUUUGGGAAGGAAUAAACAGUCAAUGUUUUGGGCCAAGACAGCUCUUCAGGACUUGUUGGUUUUUAAAUCUGACAUGUCUAGUGGCAGGUGAGUGGGGGAAAUUGAAAUAAGUCUCCCAUUCAUGGGCAUAUUGUAUAUUUUACCUGGCCUGGAAACCUUGUUAAUUGCGGGUGGAUUUUGUUUGGUUGGGUUACUUGGGUCAGAUGUUCAUGGAAUUAUCUCGAGCAGUUUCUUUUUGUUCCUUUUCAUGCUUUAUGGUGCAUCAAGUGGCUUUUUUUACUGUUUUCUUA